GGUGGGCGCAACCGCUCAGUGUCAGCAGGGUUGGAGGAGAUGGCGGAGCCCGGUCCGGAGCCGGGUACAGGGCGGACCGGCACCGGGACCGGGGCGGCGAUGAUGGCGGAGGGCGACAGCGAGAAGAGCGACAGCGUCACCCGAGGGGAGGCCGCCGCUACCGCCACCACCACCUCAGCCGCCACCCCCACCACCGCCGGCGCUGCGUCGUCACCGCCGUGCUCCCCUCCGGCGGCCGUUGGGGGUGAGGGCGGCGGGGCGAAGCCGCUGAGCGCGGCGGAGUACGCGCGGCGCGUUCACCAGUGGUUGUGGGACUCGUACUGCGGGUACCUGGGCUGGCAGGGCUGCCUCCCCGCCCUCCUCGCCUCUGCCGCCGCUGCCGCCUCCGCCGCCGGUCCCGCUCGCCCCGCCGCCUCGCCGCCAUUCCCUUCUUCAUCACCGCCGGGGGCGGCUGCAGCCGCCGCCGCCUACUAUAGCCCCUUCUACCUCUUCGCUCCGGCACCUGCCCACACGGCCACCACCGCUCCAGGGACCCGCGCCCCCACCAGCGCUCCCGUCGCCGCUUGGCCGGGGACGGCGGGCAGGUUGGCCCCUCUGCCCAGGGCGGCCUCCAGCAGCAGCGCUGCCAGCACCAGCGGCACCCCCAGGGAGACGGGGCGGCCGGCAGGUCGAGAGUUCAUUAUCCCUUCAUUGGCACACAGGUUCAUAGCAGAGAUGGUGGAUUUUUUUAUUCUGUUCUUUAUAAAGGCAACCAUUGUUUUAAGUAUUAUGCAUCUCAGUGGAAUAAAGGACAUCUCUAAAUUUGCCAUGCAUUACAUCAUAGAAGAAAUAGAUGAAGAUACAUCCAUGGAAGAUCUGCAGAAAAUGGUGAUAGUAGCGCUCAUCUACAGGCUACUAGUCUGCUUCUAUGAGAUAAUCUGUAUUUGGGGAGCAGGUGGAGCAACCCCUGGGAAAUUCUUGCUUGGACUGCGAGUUGUGACUUGUGAUACAUCUGUACUAAUUGCACCCAGCCGUGUGCUAGUCAUUCCCUCUUCCAACGUCAGCAUGACAACGUCCACAAUACGAGCUUUGAUCAAGAAUUUUUCUAUUGCUUCAUUUUUUCCUGCAUUCAUUACACUGCUGUUUUUCCAGCAUAACAGAACAGCCUAUGACAUUGUAGCAGGGACUAUUGUGGUAAGAAGAAACGGAAUCAGAUGAUACUGAGAUUUCCAGACUGGUUUUGAACAUCCCUCUCCCAUCCCAGUGAACGAAGAUCUACUCCAAAACUGAAAUUGAGUUGUCUAUCAGAAUCUUUUGCCCAAAUUAAAUGGGAACUAAUUUAGAAGGUGAAUGUUUUGCUCCAGUGUGAUGCCAGCAGCUACUUUCCCAGGUAUUGGAGUUUUCAUAAAUGCCAAAGAAGUCUGGGAGAACCUGUGUGUAUUAAAUCUGCAAGUAUUAACCUCAGAUUGACAAUAAAGAAGGUGGCUGUAUUAACUGCACAAAGGAGCUUCUUUCUUCAUCACCCUGUGGAAAGCAGAUACCUAGAAAUACUCUACCUUAAAAGAAAUGUUGCUCCUAUGGUUUUGGAUGUUGGCAGGUAACUCAGUCCUAAGUUUUCAAAAAAGCUGCCAAAGUCAUAUGAUAAAACUCCGAAGGGAACAUAACUACUGUAUUAAGACAGGCAAAUCAUGUUUACUAAAUUGCCAUGUGUGUAGAGAUAUGAGCAGUGUUUAUAAUGUUCUUUUAUUAUUGCUUCACAGAUCACACUCCCUCACCUAAGUAUUUUCUCAGAACACUGAUGUGAAAAGUAUUUUGCAUGAUUGUUUUAAGCAUUGUCACUUACUGCACAUGUCAAAACUAAUAAAGAGGUGACAAAGCAGCUGCUUUUUCUCUGGGAAGGGUAUGUUACACUGCAGUGUUAGUGAAGUGGGGUGUGUAAAUAAUUUUGGAGCUAUAAGCAGUACAGAUCAUGCUAAGGAAAGAACUUUUUUCCUUCUGUUUCAAGUGAAAGCAUUUGUCUAUUUCUUGCAUAUAAUACCAAGCAGAACAACUGAAUGUGUUCCAGGAGCAUGCAGAAAACAUUAACUGAAAUGUGUUAUGGGUGUAAAUCUACAGAAAUACAAAUACUGGUUGUUUUCACUUUGUAAUUCUGGCUAACUAUUUGUAUAUUCAGAAUAACUUAUAUACUGAAUAAAGAAGCCUAAUAUUUUGCAUGAUUAAAUAGCUUUAAUUUGUUUAUUUUCAUGUUACUAGUAUCUUGGGAAAGGAAUAUAAGCGUUACUGUUUUAUUAAAAUUUAAGUAUGAGUUUGGAAUUCUUCUAGCGCCCAGUUUUUGUGUGCUACUCCCUUAGUUUUAAUUUGCCACUUGGCUGAAUUUGCCACUACUUUAAAUUUCAAACAAUGGCCUGGUUGCAAGUAGAAAUGUUUGAAAGCUUGGUUCUCUUAUCUUUCUCGUCUCUCUUGUCUGAUUUCAUCAGUAAUAUGUUAAUAUUCUGCAAUAUUUUAAUUUGAAAAAGAAUGGUGUUCUGUGUAUAAAUAUAAGCACCUGUGUGUGCAUUCCCAUCUUCAUUUAC